GGUCUCCAAGCCCAGAAUAAAAGUGCUCAGUUUCUGGUCACUUCCUGAUGCUGAUGACAGGCAAGGAUGUUGUCUCCCUCCUGAAAACUGGAGAAAAGCCUCGGGCCAAAGCCUGGCUCAGAGCUCAUGUUCUGCAGCUCAGAAAGAUUUCUGAGGCAGCCCGGGCUCUGAUGCUCCAGUCAAUGCAGAGACCGAUGGCUGUGCUUCAUCCUUCAUCUGAGCUAGUACAACGGCUCAUCUAUCUGAACAACUGAGGGUAAGAGCCGGAACAAGGGGAACAUCAGUGAAGCUGCAGGCUGAAGGGUGAAGUUGGGUCUGGCUGGGUGGUGGGAACUUUACCUAAGUCUCCACCUCACCCUUGUGUUCUGUCCAGGAUGACCAGCAGGUGGACAGUCCAGAUGCAGAUACAGGGGCUCCAGCCUCUGAGAGGACUCUUUGGAGGGACUGCUCCCAGUCUUUGCAAACUGGAGCAGAAAAUGGAAUUGGAAGCACAGAGCAAAAGGGAAAAAGUAAAGAUCAGAGUCCUUGGAGUCUUUCUCAGCAGCGUUUGACAUCAUGAUGGGGCAAGGACACCAAGGGGGCAAUCCAGAGGCAGAGUCACUUGGGGCAGAAAGACGAGCCCCCAGGGGCACCAUUAAAGGCCCUGCUGCUGAAGCUGAAAACCGCUGUGUGCUUCCAGUUCUCACGAACGGGGGAGGUGAUGGUGUGGGCAGCAGUGGUCUCUUUCUCUGAAUGGCUCCUUUCCAUUGUCCCCACAGAGUGCCAUCGCGAGAAUGGCAGCCGAGAAUGCCUCCUCGGUAGCACAGUUCGUCCUCGCGGGCUUGACGGACCAGCCGGGACUCCAGAUGCCCCUCUUCUUCCUGUUUCUAGGUUCUUACCUGGUCACCAUAGUGGGGAACCUCGGCUUGAUAACCCUGAUUGGGCUGAACUCUCACCUGCACACCCCCAUGUACUUUUUUCUCUUCAACCUCUCCUUCAUAGAUUUCUGCUAUUCCACCGUCAUCACCCCCAAAAUGCUGAUGAGCUUUGUCUCAAAGAAGAACAUAAUCUCCUAUGCUGGGUGCAUGACCCAGCUCUUCUUCUUUCUCUUCUUUGUCGUCUCGGAAUCCUUCAUCCUUUCGGCCAUGGCAUAUGACCGCUAUGUCGCCAUCUGCAAACCCUUGUUGUACACAGUCACCAUGUCUCCCCAGGUGUGUCUCUUCCUUCUGUUGGGUGUCUAUUGGAUGGGGUUUGCCGGGGCCAUGGCACACACGAUCUGCAUGGUGAGGCUGACCUUCUGUGCUGAUAACCUUGUCAAUCACUACAUGUGUGACCUCCUUCCCCUUCUUGAACGUUCUUGCACCAGUACCUAUGUGAACGAGCUAGUAGUUUUCAUUGUUGUGGGCAUUGAUAUUGGGGUUCCCACAGUCACCAUCUUCAUUUCGUAUGCUCUCAUCCUGUCCAGCAUCCUCCAUAUUCGCUCCACCGAGGGCAGGUCCAAGGCCUUCAGCACCUGCAGUUCCCACAUUGUAGCAGUUUCUCUUUUCUUUGGGUCAGGGGCAUUCAUGUACCUCAAACCUGCUUCUCUUUUACCUAUGAACCAGGGGAAAGUUUCCUCCUUAUUCUACACCAUUGUGGUGCCCAUGCUCAAUCCAAUUAUCUAUAGCUUGAGGAAUAAAGAUGUCAAAGUUGCUCUGAGAAAAACCCUGAGCAAACAUUCAUUCUCUUAA